AUGAUUAUAUUGAAGGGAAAUAACUUGGGCGAGAGACACAAGGAUUUGAACGCAAAAGUUAAAGAAGCCAGAGAAAAGCUUGUUGACUUUGAUGAGUUAAAACAAAAACCCGAACAAUCAGAUGUAGACAAGCUGUUCAAAAUUGCCCUUGCUUCAAAGUAUAUGAAUAUCGACUACAUAGUUGAAGUCCUUAAAUGUGGAGAUCCUUUGUACAUUUCGAAAGCCCUUAAAUGUGAUUGGAUGUAUGACGAUAAGUAUGCCCAUAUCAUCAAUCCAGAGUAUCUUCAAAAUAAUAUCAUUCCGUUCAUGUCAACAAAAAUGAAGAAAAAGAUGCUAACAGGAAAGUUUCAAUUUAUAAAGGAAAUAUUUACAUCCAAGUUUCCAGAAGAGGAAUUUGAAAUGCAAUUAAGAUUUUAUGAACGGAACUGCUAUGAAAUUAUGACUGCAGAAGAAAAGGAAACAUGGGCUUUACAACAAAUAGCCAGUGGAAAAGAGAUCCUUGGCAAAGAUUCAACAUAUUUUGUCAAGAUGAUUAUAUUGAAGGGAAAUAACUUGGGCGAGAGACACAAGGAUUUGAACGCAAAAGUUAAAGAAGCCAGAGAAAAGCUUGUUGACUUUGAUGAGUUAAAACAAAAACCCGAACAAUCAGAUGUAGACAAGCUGUUCAAAAUUGCCCUUGCUUCAAAGUAUAUGAAUAUCGACUACAUAGUUGAAGUCCUUAAAUGUGGAGAUCCUUUGUACAUUUCGAAAGCCCUUAAAUGUGAUUGGAUGUAUGACGAUAAGUAUGCCCAUAUCAUCAAUCCAGAGUAUCUUCAAAAUAAUAUCAAUCCGUUCAUGUCAACAAAAAUGAAGAAAAAGAUGCUAACAGGUAUUUCGAUCCACGUCAGGAAUGAAUCAAGAGCCGCUGAGUUUUAUAAUUAUUGCAUGGACAUAGGAUGCACAAAUAUUGCAAUAAAAUUUUUAUAUUUUACAAGUGAUAACUUCAAACUGAAAAUCUUAAAAGAUCCGUCGAAGUUCGAUCAUCUGCGCCCGAUGUUUACCUGUAAGGAUGGUGCUGUCAUAAAAAAUUUCAUUGGUACUUCAUUCCCUCUGGCAGAGGCGUUUCUCAAAUUAUAUAACUAUGGUGAUAAAAAGCAGGUUCUCCGUAAAUUAAUUUAUUUGUAUGCAUUUUCACAACAUAAAUAUUUGAGACUUUUAGAAAAAUACACUGACUUAAGUGAUUGGAGACGCGAAAGAAAAACUAUUGAUACAUUUUUAAGUUUACGUAUUUCCAAAAGCAUCAUGAAGAAACAUAAGGAUAGGGUUUUAAAAAAGCCUACACUAUAUAUCAAUAUACUUAGUAAAAGGGCUAUAAUCAAAUACAGUACUGAAGAAGAUGCAAAACAUUUCGCGAUUGCUCUUCUCCCGGAUGACGUUCUUUAUUUUUGGAUAAACGAACCCUUUUGCAUUAAACAAAGGUUUCUUCUUGAUAUAAUUACUACCAGCAGUAAAUACAAAUUCGUGAAGGAAAUAUUUACUUCCAAGUACCCAGAUGAGGAAUUUGACACGGAUUUAAGCUUUUUCUCCCAAGUAUGCAAUCUUAUGACUGCAGAGGAGAAGGAAGUAUGGGCUAUAGAAGAAAUAGCCCGUCAAAACGCGGAAUAUGGUGAAAUCCCAAAUUAUCAAAUAUUUAAGUUAGUCACUUUUGAAAAAGCGUUUGAGGACAUCGAAAAACUAUUGUUCACCACUAGGAAUUCUGAACGAAACGAGUUGCUGUUCUUGCUUAUUGAGAUAGCAAAGGAUCAACUUCAUCUGGAACGAGUUUUAAAUAUUUUUUACGAGAAACAAAAAAACAUAGAAAAAUGUAGUAAAGAACAGUUCAUUGACAAAGUUCUGCAAUAUUUUAACGUGUAUGAAUUUGGUACAAGUUGCUGGGAAGCUUUCAAUACUAUUUUUUGCUGUGUCAACGUUUACAGUUCUACUGAAUAUAUUGAAAAGUAUCAAUAUAGAACAAUUGCCACAAUUUUUCACAUAAUUAACGACAUUGAACUCCCAGCAGCAUUAAAAAAUCAUAUUGACGUUGGAUUACACUUUAUUUCAUUACACGAAAACAAUAACAAGUUGACAAAAGAACAAGCAGAGAAAGUAUUCCAAUAUUUUUUAGACUUAUACAUGGCAGAAAUCUGCAAAUUUGAAAAUGUACCUUACAAUGACGAAGUUAAAGAAUACCUUAGAAGAUACAUUCACGAUAUUCUGAGAUUAUUGGGAGAAUAUAACAGAACAAAAGAAGAUUGUCCUGAACUUGUUAAACAUUUUAUGCAGUUGGAUCGGUCAGAAUUUGAUCGUCUGAGGGUCCUGCAUACCGAAUUGGAAGCUGAGGAGAUUCAGUUUGUAGAACCUCUUAAUUUAAUGUGUAAUUUGAAGACAGACUCAAAACUACUCAUUGAACAUCUUCAGCUUCUUAGGAAGAAUAUAAAUGUACCGUACAAGUUUAAAAUUACUUCUGUUCUCAAGAAGUUAAAAAUCUAUUUCUCACAAGAUAUUGCUAAAGAAUAUUUAACAUUUUUUUGUUCAUUAUUAGAUGAAGAUAAAUUACGGCAUAAAGAAGCUCAAGCGGGAGUCCAUGCUUUAUUUCUAUUGGGUGAUGAUAACUUUAAAGUAGAUUUAAUGAAAAAGUUCGCUCCGGUUGAAGCUACUAUAAAUCAUAAGGAAAUUGAUGAAAAGUUAUUACGUGUCCAAAGAGCUAUAUGUUCACAUAUAUUAUAUUCGCGACGUCCAGUCCCCCUUGAGUAUAUAUUCAUGUACUUAAAAGGAGAUUAUGUACACUUUUGUUUGCCAAUGUUUAAUGCACUUUUGUCUAACCUCCCAUUCCUCCAAUUAAUUAAUUUUGUUGAAACUUUAUUGAACAAACCUGUAUCAAUCCAGAAACAUGGCAUACGUCUCGCUUUCGAAUGUUUGAAUCUAGACAAUCUUAAUGCUGUUAUUCUACGGGCUUGGAAUAAAACAAAAAAUAUUUCUCUAAGGAUAGUUAUUUUUGACGCCCUUUUCAAAAAAAUUGCUGAAUUACCGAAUGGCCAUGAGGUGUUAUUUCAUACUUUAAAAUCUAUGAUUUUAACUCUACAAAAUGAUGAUGAUGAUGAAAUAUUUAAUCUUAUAAAAUCAAAUUUACUCCCUGAACAUUUAACAAUAGAAUGUAUUGAGACAGCAUGGAAAAUAUUUAGUCACUUUCCGCUAAGUCUAACGAACAUCGACCGUAUGUGUGAUCUCAUAAAUUACAUGAUUACCAAUAUUGAUAAAAUGCAUCAAGGCAUUGUUCGCGAAAUUAUAGAUACUUUUAUUGCAUCCGGAUUUAAACUAAAUAAAGAAACAAGAGGAAAAUUUAAUUCAGAAACUUCUUUUAUUGAAAGCAAAUGGCGACUUACUCUCAAGUAUAUUAUGAACGAGGAUGAUCUAGAGAAAAAAAUUGAAAUAACAAAGUUGAUACUAAUAAAAUGUUUUAAGCCCAAAGACGGCGGUAACGUUGAAGAUAAACACGUUUUAAUAGAUACUGGAAUGAAAUUCAUAUCACAGCUUGAAGGUGAGAGUUACAAUCAAACUCCAUCCCGUUUCGUAAACAUUAAUAGUUUAAUGCAGUCAGUGAUACAGACCAUGGAAGCUGUGUUUACCAUGGAAGAAAUUUACCUACAAAUAUGGGAACUACAGCUGGGGAUUGUGGCUAGAAAAGCAAUUAAUAAACCGGUGCGCGCAAAUGCAGCGCAUGUCUUUGCAAAGGAGCUCGGAAACUUGGUUAAGGAGUACGCUGAAAAAGAAUUAUUUUUCAAUUGUUUCUUAGUACAAAUAGCGCCUUUAGUUUCAGACAAAAUCACAACUGUUUGUAAUGCAAUUAACGAUUACAAUGAUGAAAAAUUUUACAUGAAGGUAUGUAGACAAUUAACGUCGUAUGAAAUGAUUGAGACUUAUUGGCUGGUAUUGUAUCUACUGCCUAUCAUUAAGUAUGGUGUGAGCCGUUAUCAGACACGGCGGAAAGAUUGUUUGUAUAUUAUACAUAAGUUAAGUAAGUUGAAUAAUAAAGAGAUACGUUUUUAUAUGUUCAAUACAAUGCCUGAUCUAGGAAAAGAUUUAAUUUCAAUUUAUUAGUUCCAAGCAAUUUCUUACAUUGAUAAAAAAGCUUAACAUCAUCAUAUGAAGACAUCGAAAAAGUUAAUACUGGUGCCAGAUUCUCAAGCAUGUUUACUUACCAGGUGCCUUGUGACUUUUCCUAAAUAUUGUUACUUUCUAUGGAUAUUUCGAUACCACAGACAUACGGAGAAAGACCAACCAAAUUCUCUGGUGUUUCCAUCAAUUUUCAGUAGACAUUAGAAAUCAAAACCUGUAACUGAACUGUAAAUUAAUACAAAUAGUUUCGUACGAGGCUUUAGAUAGAACAAAUCGCCAUAAUUUUGAAUAAUAUUCAUUAAAUAUUAUAUCCAACUAAAUCAGUUAUUUGUUUUAUUAUUCUGUAAGGAAAUUAUACCUAAGAGUAGGCUAUGUAACAGGAAAAUGAAAUACAUAAUUUUAAUUCUGCGAAUUUAAUCUGUAAUCUACACAAAAAUGCAACGUUUAUCAAUAUUCCGUAUAAAAAAUAAGUACAACAACAAAUUUAAUAUCUACGACACGUUACUAUUUAGAAUGAAGCCUUUACCUACAUGUCAUCAACACCACGUAACAUACUGAACGAUUAAUAUCUACACUAAAAAUCAUUUAUUUUACUUGUGUAACGAAUCUUAUUGAGAUGGGAUUACCUAGUAAGCAAUGCAUGGCAUUGGAUGUUAAAACACUAAUAGACGAUGGAACCGAAUGGUCUAUUUGGUCCUUUUUCACAUGCUGCGGUUGCCAAUUAUCGGUGAAGAUAUGACUGGUUUUAGUC